AUGGCCACCGAACCGACACCGUCAUUGAAGCCCCAUGAUUAUACAGUGGCAUGGAUCUGCGCCCUUCCCAAUGAAAUGGCAGCCGCCGAGGCAAUGCUGGAUGAGAGACACACUGCCCUGCCCACUAUCCCUGGCGACGACAAUACCUACGUUACAGGGAGGGUGGGCCUCCAUAAUGUCAUUAUCGCGUGUCUUCCAGCCGGGGUAUAUGGGACGACAUCUGCUGCCAACGUGGCGUCUCAAAUGCGGCUCACCUUCAAGGGCAUUCGGUUUGGACUGAUGGUGGGAAUUGCAGGGGGAGUCCCUAGUGCAGACCAUGAUAUUCGGCUCGGUGAUGUCGUAGUCGGCAAACCAACGCGGGAUUUCGGAGGAGUGAUCCAAUACGACUUUGGCAAGGCCGUGAGUGGCGGCCACUUGGAACGGACGGGCGUCUUGAACAAGCCCCCAACCAUGCUCCUGACAGCCGUGACGGCACUACAAUCAGCACACAUUGCAAAUAAAAGUCGCAUACCUGAUCUCAUCGCGGAUUUGGCCGAGCGCCAUCCGCAAAUGAGGGAGAAGUUCACCUAUGACAGCCGCAGAGAAGAUUUGUUGUUUGAGGCCCAGUACGAUCAUACUGACCGCGAGACGACAACCUGCGAUGGCUGUGAUAGACAGCGGUUAGUUACCCGAGCACAAAGGGACAGAAACGACCCUAUUAUCCACUACGGUCUGAUUGCAUCCGGCAACCAGGUCAUGAAGGAUGGCCGGACCAGAGAUCAGCUAGCCAGGGAACUGGGGAUCCUGUGCUUCGAGAUGGAGGCGGCCGGCUUGGUGGACACGUUCCCAUGCCUCGUAAUAAGAGGCAUCUGUGACUAUGCUGAUUCUCACAAGAAUAAACAAUGGCAAGAGUAUGCAGCCGCGACGGCGGCAGGAUACGCAAAAGAGCUUCUCUACAUGGUCCACGCUGUUCAAGUUGCAGAUACACCUACAGCCCUGCUGGUCAAAGACAGUACGUAG